AUGCACCAGUCUCCGCCUUUCCGAGCCGAACACAUCGGCUCCCUGCUGAGACCAGCAGAACUAUUACAGCUUCGUGAAUCAGUCACUGCAGGCGAAAGAGCGCAACAGGAUCUAGAAGAUGCGGAGAAUAGGUACAUUAAGGAUAUCGUGGAGCUCCAGCAUGAUCUUCGCUUUCAGGCCAUAACUGACGGCGAAUAUCGGCGACACGUGUAUUGGGGAGACUUCUUCACCGAUCUCGAAGGAUUCCAGGACGUCACAGUCAACGAGCAGUCCAUCGGCAUUCUGCGAGAAUAUGUGCCCGAUUUUAAGUUAUUUACCAGUGCAGGCGCAAAGGGUGCGAAAACAACGGUGUGCUCGGGCAAGAUCAAACACGUCCGUAGCACAUUUGCUGAAUCGUUCGAGUACCUCAAGGGCUUGGUCCAGCCGGAACAGGUCAAGAACAUCAAGAUGACCAUGGGCUCACCUCACUGGUUCCAUUUCCGAUAUCGGCCAGGUUGUGCGUACCCUACUGACGUCUACUCUUGUGAUACCGAGUACUAUCACGAUAUCGCAGCAGCUUAUCAAGCGGAAUUGAAAGCACUGUAUGCUGCGGGCAUGCGGAAUCUUCAGAUCGAUGAUCCAACUUUUGCGUACUUCUGCGAUGAGAAAUUUGUCCAUGGCUGGCACGACGACCCGAUGAACAAGAAGACAGUCGACGAAGUGAUCGAUGAAUAUAUCGCAUUGGUGAAUGAUUGCAUUAAGCAGCUGCCCGCUGACGUUCAUGUUGGACUCCAUUUGUGCCGCGGCAACUUCAUGAGCGGGCACUGGGCCACCGGUGGUUACGAGCGGAUUGCAAAGAAGAUCUUUAAGCAGGCUAAGGUCGAUACAUUUCUUCUUGAAUUCGACACGGACCGAUCCGGCGGGUUUGAACCACUGAUCGAAUUGCCUGGUGACAAAAACCUUGUCCUAGGUCUCGUAACGACCAAGUUUCCUCACCUUGAGGAUCCCGAGGUGCUGAAGAGAAGAAUUUGGGAAGCUACGAGGUUUAUGGCACAAGGGAGUGGACAGAGUGAACUGGACGCUUUGAAGAGGACCAGUAUCAGUCCUCAGUGCGGGUUCGCCAGCGCGAGUGUUGGAAAUAAAAUGACGCGGAACGACAUGAUUGAGAAAUUGAAGCUGGUUCGUGGCGUGGCUGAUGCUGUCUGGCCUGGUGAGCCAUAA